AUGCCGCCCUCCCUCCCCUCGAGUCUAUCUCUCCGUGUGCAUGGAAAGGCGAUUAAACAGCCUCGGAAACGUCAAGGCAAGCAUCUGUCAAGUGCCGAAAAACACUCUCGGGAGAUUGCGAGAAAUGCGAAUGUUGCUACAAAUCGACGGUUCAUGGGAGAGAUUGACGAGUUUGUGGCAAGCCGGGAUGAGCUGGUCGAGAAACUUGCGACAGAGUACAACAAGAAGGCUUCAUAUGUGCAGCGCGUCUUGACGUGCGGAUCAGCGAUAAAGAAGCACCGCGGUGUCAACGUCUACAAUGCGCUUCUUCAUGAUCUCACUGUCAGCGAUGAGAAUGGUGAUGUGCACAGCUACUUACGUAUAAACGAUCUAAUUACCUCAUGGACAGCUGGUCGCUCACGUACACACACUGAGCGUCAAGACGCCCUCCGAGUCAUGCUGCUGGAGUCUGGUGCUAAGACCUACAGUGAUCUAGUUGACCGGACUCCUGGAGAGCGGGCACGACUUACAGCUCAACUCCUCGACUAUCGCAAUCUCAACAGAGUUGGCAUUCGUGGCACCAACCGAGCUGCCGCUCAAGACGGCUAUCAAGUAGCGAAGCAUCUGUCAGAGGAGAUGGGCAACCUCUUUGAACGAACGGGCAUCCGAGCUGUGGCAUUCCUUUCACGAGGGAAUCCAGAAGACUCUGCCCUCCCGCACAUGAUUGACUCUGAUGGGGCAAAGGACUUCUUUCCCGAAGUCAUGGAUACGCCUGCCGUUGAGGCGUUACGGAAGUUUGAGGCCUGGAAUGUUGCCCGAGACAGCGGCCCUGUGGACUUGACUAGCGCAAAGAAACUCCGCAAGGCGAUUGCGGAAUUCAUCGAGAGAAGUCUCCAGGAUGCGGUCAGGGAUCAAACUUCUAAUCGCAUCCCGAUGAGCUACAAAAAUUAUGACGUCGACAUCCGUGCACGGUUUCACAUUAGCCUCUCUGGUUGGCCAUCAGACAUCCCCUUUGCCACUCCAUCUACCAUCGGCCAAACCAUCGAUCUUCGUCGUAUAUGGGAGUCCAUUGAGAGCGGCCACAUGCGCUGGGCAUGCAUGUCGAAGGACGAGAUUGAAGAUCUCAAUCAGGAGCUAGGUGAGCGACGGAAAUCUGGACCGCUAAAGCACAGAGCAACCAGGUCGGAUAAGAACAAGAAGCACAAACCGUCCAAGGCAGCAGGGGCGCGCAGUGACAAUGCCAACAACGACGUGGGGGAGAGGAACGUGGUUUCCGGCUCACCGCCGCAAGUAUCAGUUGCCACGCCUGACGCAGCUAUCGACCCCGUCCUCCUUGCGCUCGACCGCGCCACAGCCAUCUCAGCCCCCUCCCAAACUUCCACGGAUGUCACCGCAGAUGUGACGCCGAGCCUCCCAAGCAGACCCAGCAAUCUUGCCCCGGAGCCGAUCUCCGCAAGCGCGACUGCAGGAAGCCAAGGCUUCGCAGUCUUCAGUGUGAACGGCUCUCAGCCCGGAGAAACUGUGUCAAAGACAUUGCACAAGAAGCGCAAGCGGGCUGCAGGCGACGAAAACAUGUCAAACAAUGGCCGGGUGGCCAAACACACAAAGAAGUCGAAGAAGACAGCUUGA